AUGAGCCAACCCAAAACCACCCCCAUAAUCCUCCCCGAACAAAAAAUCACCUCCCAACCCGCCGAGUCCUUCCCUACCCCCUCAAACGGCCAUGUAACCUGGCGCACCCUCCUCUCAACCCCCCAAACACCGAGCAGCGACAUGUGCGCCGGUCUCGCAACCUGCCCGCCCCGAACCGGCUUCCUCGCGUGCCACCGACACACCCAAGCCGAGAUCUACUACAUCACAUCCGGGUCUGGGGUGGUGGUUAUCGACGGGUCUGAAUAUGUGGUUUCGAAGGGGGCGGUGGUGUUUAUACCUGGGGAUGCAGAGCAUGGGGUUAGGAAUGAGGGAGGUGAGCCGUUGGUGUGGUUUUAUGUUUUCCCUACGGCGGGGUUUGGGGAUGUGGUUUAUCGGUUUAGCCAUGAGGAUAAGAAGGCGAAGCUGUGA